UGUUACAUAACAUAACCUCACAUAUUGUCACUCUGACUGUAUCUCCGUGAAAAACGAUCGAUCCCUUCUGUUAUUCCUCCGGACUCGAGUCAAAACUAAUUCUAAACUUCCUUCCCUCAGAAUGGCCGGUGGUGACCACGCUGAAGAUGCCAAACUGAAGGGAUUGUCCCGUAUCUUCAACAGCGAAACCGCAAAAGGACGGGCAAAUGUCGCAAAGGCCACCUACGCCGGACUCGGUCUGUUGAUCCUGUACUUUUCACUGAAACCAUCGAAGAAGUGAUGUGUUGGAUAAACAUGUUAGGAUAAGAAAAAGUUCUACAAAUCUUAUCACUCUAGUUUUACGAUUGGAAAGUGAAAAAUAUAUUAUGCAACAGUGCUACAAUUGAAA